AUGUAUCUCUUCGAUUGGUUCUGGGGUGUUCUCUCUUUCCUGGGUCUCUACCACAAAAGCGCAAAGAUCCUUUUCCUGGGCCUCGACAAUGCAGGAAAGACUACCCUUCUUCACAUGCUCAAGGAUGACCGCCUUGCCGUCCACUACCCGACCUUCCACCCCACGAUGGAGGAAUUGACUCUGGGCAGCAUCAGAUUCAGGACCUACGAUCUCGGUGGCCACACCACUGCCCGCAAGGUGUGGAAGGAUUACUACGCCGACGUGGAUGCCAUUGUUUUCCUUGUUGACAGCGUGGACCGCGACCGUUUCCCUGAGUCCAAGAGGGAGCUCGACGGCCUGCUCUCUGCCGACGAUUUGAAGACCAUCCCCUUCCUUGUGCUUGGCAACAAGAUCGACAUCCCCAAGGCCGCCUCUGAGGCCGAGCUCCGUCAGGCCCUUGGUCUCCACCAGACCACUGGCAAGAACAAGACCUCCCUGGGAGACAACAUCCGCCCCAUUGAGAUCUUCAUGUGCAGCGUGGUCAAGCGCAGCGGUUAUGGCGAAGGCUUCCGUUGGUUGUCGAACUACCUGUAA